CUGUGAUGGCAUUGGCCUCAACUUUUCUCAGCUCUUUCGUGACUCCAGUUCCUACUACAAAGAGGAAGAGUUUGUCGGGAUUCAACAAAUCGGCCGAUUUGAAGUCAAAUCAUGGAAAAGGAUUUAGACUAAAUUGUUCUAUCAAAAAGGAGAAGGUGACUAAAGUCAUUGUGGAGGAUGAAAAAGAGACCCUGGAGGCUAGUAUUUCUACAGCAUUAGUGAAUUUCGAAAAUGGGUUUGAUCCUUAUAAUGCAACAAGUACUCCAAUUUACCAAACUGCUACUUUUAAAAUGAUUUCUGCAACAGAAUUUGGUCCUUAUAGUUAUACUAGAGGUCGAAAUCCUACCCGUGAUGCUUUGGAAAGGUUAAUAGCACAACUUGAAAGAGCAAGUAGAGGCCUUUGCUUCAGCACUGGAAUGGCUGCUUUGAGUGCUGUUUCUCAACUUGUUCAAAAUGGAGAUGAAAUUAUUACUGUAGACGAUCUCUAUGGUGGUUCAGAAAGAUUAAUUACUCAAAUAAUUGCAAUGAAGGGAGUUUCAGUGAAACGAAUAGAUACAACUGAUCUUAACAAAGUGGCAGAUGCUGUUGGACCUAAGACUAAGUUGGUGUGGCUGGAGAGUCCUACCAAUCCUCAACUACAAAUAUCUGAUAUUCGAAAAAUAUCGGAGAUUGCUCAUGCAAACGGUGCUCUUGUAUUGGUGGAUAACAGUAUAAUGUCUCCUGUGCUAAGUCAACCACUCGAACUUGGAGCAGAUAUUGUUAUGCAUUCAGCUACCAAAUUUAUUGCUGGGCAUAGCAAUGUCAUGGCUGGUAUCCUUGCUGUGAAAGAUGAAAGCUUGGACCAGCAACUGCAAUUUUAUAAAAAUGCAGUGGGUUGCGGCUUAUCUCCUCAAGACUCUUGGGUCUGUUUAGAAGGAAUCAAAACAAUGGCCCUUCGAGUUGAGAGAAAACAGGAUAAUGCGCAAAAGAUUGCUGAGUUUCUUGCCUCCCAUCCUCGAGUAACGAAAAUAAACUAUGCUGGUCUUCCUGGACAUCCUGGACAUGACCUACACUACUCUCAAGCAAUAGGAGCUGGAUCUGUGCUUAGCUUCACAACAGGAUCACUCCCACUGUCAAAGCAUAUAGUUGAAACUACCAAAUUCUUCAGCAUGACAGUUAGUUUCGGGGGUGUAAGUUCAGUGAUAUGCUUGCCUUGGUAUACGUCUCAUUCUAGCAUUCCUGAAGAAGAUCGUUUGGCCAGAGGUUUAACUGAAGACCUCGUGCGUAUUUCUGUGGGGAUUGAGGAUGUUGAUGAUCUUAUUGCUGAUCUCCAUAAAGCUCUCUCAUCUGGCCCAAUCUAAUUGAACUUCCUAUGUUAGUUAGUGUGUUUUUGGGCUAGGUUGCUUCAAAUAAUGUGUGUGCGCAAUGGUGUGUUUUGUUGUUGUUGUUUAGUUGUACUGUAUUUUUUUUUUUUGGAGUGAAAUAUUUGAAUUGUAUUAUUAAAU